AUGCGGAUUACUGUAACAUUGAUUUUAUUGCUGCUUGUGGCGCAAUUGGCGACUUGCCAUAGGUUUGGCGGCUUCGGUGGCGGCGGAUUCCUGAUUGGCGGAGGUUUCGUGGGCGGCGGCUACGGCGGUGGCUAUGGCGGAGGGUAUGGCGGCGGCUACGGUGGAUAUCCGUACUACAGUUCGGGCUACAGCUACCCGUACUACGGCGGCUACAGCUAUCCCUACUACAGCUCCGGCUACAGCUACCCCUACUAUGGCGGCGGUUACGGCGGCGGCUAUGGCGGCGGCUACGGCUAUGGCGGAUUCGGCGCCGCUUUCGGAUUAUAUGGCGGCGGCUUUGGCGGACGUGGAUGGGGCCAUCAUCAUAGAUGGGGCAAGAAGUAG